UGUAGCCUAUCACUGCUGCGCUCUCUCUCAUCCGCCGGCUGAGGGACCGAAAGCAGCCUGCUAGAGAAACCGCGAGAAGGGGGAGAGGAAACGGAGCGACGGAGAUGGCGAGCAUCAACAUGGGGCUGAGACCGCUGCUGCUGCUGGGGCUCGCGUGGGUCCUCCUGGUCGUCCUAACGCCUCGUGUCCAAUGUCUAAAUGGCGACGAGGACCAGAGCCAGGACACCGAGUGUAAGAUGAAGAGCGUCACCGUGUCGGCUUUGCCGUUUUUGAGGGAAAACGACCUCAACAUCAUGCACAGUCCGUCGGCCUCCGAGCCCAAGCUGCUGUUCUCCGUUCGAAACGAUUUUCCCGGAGACGUCGUGGUGGUGGACGACCUGGAAAACACCGAGCUCCCUUUUUUCGUCUUAGAGAUCUCUGGGAAUUCAGAGGACAUCCCUCUGGUGCGCUGGAGACAGCAGUGGCUGGAGAAUGGCACUCUGCUCUUCCACAUCCACCACCAGGACGGCAGCAUGAACCCCCCGGAGCCGACCGAAAACCCGGCCAACGACUCGGCGAAGGAGGAGCUCCGCAUCCUGCACAUCUCUGUCAUGGGCGGGAUGAUCGCCCUUCUGCUGUCCGUCCUGUGCCUGGUCCUGAUCCUCUACACCCGCAGGCGCUGGUGUAAACGCCGUCGCAUCCCUCAGCCCCAGAAGAGCGCCAGCGCUGAGGCGGCUAAUGAGAUCCACUACAUCCCCUCCGUGCUGAUGGGAGGCCAGGCCCGGGAGAGCUUGAGGAACUCUCGGGGUCAGGGGCCGAACUCCAGCGGUACCCUCAGCAUCCGGGAGACACCGAUUUUGGAUGGGUAUGAGUAUGACAUUACAGACCUGCGUCACCAUCUGCAGCGGGAGUGUAUGAACGGUGGCGAGGAGUUUGCCAGCCAAGUCACCCGUACCCUGGACUCCCUCCAGGGCUGUAAUGACAAGAAUAAUAUGGACCUCACACCUGUGAGUGACAACACUAAGCUGGCCCUAAUGAACAAAUACAAGGACAACAUCAUCGCCACGAGUCCAAUCGACAGCAACCACCAGCAGAACACCCUGCUUCCACACAACACCUCCACCAGCCAACGCAAACGUCUCUCCAGCAACACCCGCGCGGGUUCAACUUUCUUGAACCCAGACGGGGACUCUGGAACGGAGGCAGACAGCGAGCCUCAGCUGGCCUUUUACACCGACCCAAACCGCAGUCGCCGCCGGAGUCGAGCAGCAGGUUCCCCCCGGAGCCCCAUCAAUAAGACCACCCUGACUCUGAUCAGUGUCAUCAGCUGCGUGAUCGGCCUGGUUUACUCCUCUCACAUGUCCUGCACCCUCGCCGUCCGAGUAAUCCUCCAUGUGCCGGAGCACCUCAUCGCUGACGGAUCAAGGUAUAUUUUGCUGCAGGGGAGCCAGUUGGACGCCUCAGACUGGCUGAACCCGGCCCAGAUCUCGUUCUACUACCAGCAGAACGCCAGCGGGCCCUGGGUCAACGAGCUGUGUGGGCGACGCCUCCUGGACCCCUGUGAGCACCAGUGUGAUCCGGAAACAGGAGAAUGCCUUUGCCUCGACGGCUACAUGAAAGACCCGGUCCACAAGCAUCUCUGCAUCCGCAGUGAGUGGGGGCCCAAUCAGGGGCCCUGGCCUUACACCAUAUUUCAGCGUGGUUUUGAUCUUGUGAUGGGAGAACAGCCCUCUGAUCGCAUUUUCAGAUUCACUUACACCUUAGGGGAAGGGAUGUGGCUGCCGCUGAGUAAAAGCUUUGUCAUCCCCCCUGCCGAGCUCGCCAUCAACCCAUCAGCCAAGUGCAAGACGGACAUGACAGUCAUGGAGGACGCGGUGGACGUACGAGAGGAAUUGAUGAUCAGUUCAUCCUUUGACUCGUUGGAGGUUCUCCUGGACUCGUUUGGGCCCGUCAGAGACUGCACCAAAGACAACGGAGGCUGCAGCCGCAACUUCCGCUGCAUAUCUGACCGAAAGCUGGACUCCACCGGAUGUGUGUGCCCUCUGGGGUUGAGUCCUAUGAAGGAUGGGACUGGGUGCUACGACCACCACAUCGGCAUCGACUGUUCCGACGGUUUCAAUGGAGGAUGUGAGCAGCUGUGUCUCCAGCAGCUGGCUCCUCUAGAGGAUGACCCGACACUCUACAACAUCCAGAUGUUCUGUGGGUGCAUUGAGGACUACAAGCGCGGUCCAGAUGGGAGGUCAUGCCUGCCGCUGUCGGAGGCCUGCACUGAGGGAAUAGACUGUGGGGAGGCAGUGGACAUCCCCGCUAACCAGACUGUGUUCGGAGACCUUUUCUACGGAUACAACAACCACACCAAAGAGAGCACCACCGGACAGAUCCUCAAGGCCACAUUCAGGCAGAAGAACUUUGCCCGAGGCAUCGAGCAGCAGCUCCCAGAUGGCAUGGUGGUGGCAUCGGUGCCAAUGGAGGUCCAGUGCCACGAGGAGCUGUCUGACCCUGUUCCGGACCCAGAGUACCUCACAGGUAUGGUGAACUACAGCGAGGUGUCUGGCUACCCCCUUGUUCAGCACUGGAGUCUUCGUUCUGUGCAGUACCACGUCAAACUCAAUCAGUGGGUCCUCUCUCAAGCCUUUAGCUCGGCCAUUCAUUCUCUGGACGGGGCCACGCAGCGGAGCGACUUUGUCUCCAUCCUCAGGGAGUUUGGGAACCAUUAUGUGCAGGAGGCAGUGUACGGCUUCCAGGAGUCCUGUACCAUCUGGUACCCCAACAAACAGGUCCAGAGACAGCUGUGGCUGGAGUACCAGGACAUCAGCAAAGGCAACUCGCCUUCGGAGGAGUCUGAGGAGCGUGACAAGGAGCCGAGGACGCUGACCUACCCCGCGUACAUCGCCAGUCUGCUGGACACGGGUGCGAAGCGCAUGGCUGCCGGUGUCCGUAUGGACUGCAACAGCCAGGGCCAGUGCCCGCGCUCCUGUCACCUCUGCCACAUGAGCCCGAGGGUGGUGCAAGGGCGGCAGCAGUCCGAGCCUGUCCUGCUGCAGAUCACCAAGGCCGCGCCCAUCUUUGAACUGGUGUCCAACAAUGAGACCUACCAGGCUCUUCAUGAAGCGAUGAUGAGCAUGCUGUGGUGUUCGGGGAAAGGGGAUGUUAUCGAUGACUGGUGUCGGUGUGAUUCCAGCGCUUUUGGCACAGACGGACUUCCCACCUGCGCCCCACUUCCUCAACCUAUGCUGAAGCUGUCUUACACCUAUGAGCCCAGCAGCUCAUUGGUCAUCAUGGAGUGGAACCACACCGAGCCACCAAUCGGCGUGCGGAUUGUUGAUUACCUUAUUAGCCAGGAGAAGGUGACAGAGAGGACCGACCACUCCAAAGUUGAGACAGAAACCCUUUUGAGCUUUGUGGAUGACAUCUUGUCUGGGGCCAGGUCGCCAUGUGUGAUGUUAGGGGACAUCCCCAAUCUCCUGUCCUCCUCCAUCAGCAUGAUCAUUCGCUGCCUGGAGCCUGACACCACAUACAUGUUCCGGCUGUGGGCAGUAGACAACACAGGGCGCCGUUCUAGUCCAAGUGAAGUCACUAUUAAAACUCCGUGUCCAACUGUGGAUGACGUCAAAGCACAAGAAAUAGCGGAUAAGAUCUACAACCUGUUCAACGGUUACACCAGUGGGAAGGAGCAGCAGACGGCCUACAACACUCUGAUGGAUCUGGGUGCUCCGACGCUUCGCCGCGUGCUUUACCACUACAACCAGCGCUACGAGAGCUUCGGGGAAUUCACCUGGAGGUGUGAGGAUGAGCUGGGACCCAGGAAGGCCAGCCUCAUCCUCUCCCAGCUAGAUGAACUCUCCCCAUGGUGUAAGGGUCUUCUUCAGGAGCCGAAGAUCGGCCUCCGCAGGAUGUCCCUCAAGUUCCUGUCCUGCCGUUACACUGACAGCAAGGCCUUUGGGCUGAACUGGUCGGACAUGGGCCAGGACGUGUACAAGGCCUGUGACGAGCAGACGCUCACAGUCAUGUAUAAUGACUACGGCGAGCCCAAGGAGCUGUGAAAAGAUUUAAGGGUUAGAUGUGUACAGGAAUGUGGGAGAUUUGUCAAACCCAGCAAAGAAACGCAUAAAAUGCAGGUUUCACAUUUGUUUCCAUAAGCUAUUUGCAUUCAUGGUGUCAUAAGCAAAGAAAGACAGACCUAUAGUAUUCAAUGCACUUAUAUUUUAGAACAACAAAUAACUUAGAGGGACAAAACAUAAGGCCAUGCAUUUUAUUUCACUGUAUUUCUUUGUUGAACUCAACAAUCUCCUCUUUAAAUGUUGAUACAUAAAAGGAACUCGUUGUUUUACCCCUUUGUUGCGAAAGUCUGACAUCUUAAUAGUCUAAUCUAUAUGGGAAAGUGCUAUUUCAUUUGGCUUCUUUAUAUUCAGUCAGAUAUUAAAAGGUCCGAUCUGGGAUAUUAAGGGUUACACAUGAGCUCAUUUGUGCCUGUUUAGAUCUAAACUUCCGCAUAUCUUUAGAAACUUUGGUGAAAAAUUAAAAUAAGGGAACUCUUGAUGUCAAACGUGGCUUAAAACGGAGAGUGAUUGUGACAUUUUAGGUUGCCUAUAUCCAUCCUACAGCCUAGAUCAACCCUGUCUCCUAAAUCUUCCGUUCCCAUACAACUGCAUUCUCAGUUACGUUUCAAAAGAAACUUAUUUGUCCCAGAUUAAGUUUGUUUUUGACGUUUUACAAAUACGUUGCGUUGACUUAUUUUUAACGAAGUUACGUAACAAACAUACUUAUUUGAACCCAAACCAUAAUCUUAUCCUGUACCUAACCAAGUAGUUUUGUUUCAAUUCACAACAGUAACCAUGUGUUUAAAACUGCGACUGUUUCACAACAUGCACCUGUUGUUGGUACGAGGAUGGUUUAUCUAAGAGAAAAUACUUUUUUCUCGAGACGUAAAUGAGAAUGCAGUUUACUUGUAUGGGAAAAAAUAAUGUCCAAAUGAAGCUUCAUGAACCAUUAGUCGUAUUUGUUGAGCCCACUAGACGGCGCUCUUGGUUUAAAGAAAACGGCUCAAGGAAUGGCAAUUCAGUGUGCUUUCAACCCUUUGUUGAAGAGAGAGCUCCAUCUAGUGGGCUCAGAAAAUGGUUCAAAAAGCGUCAUUUGGCUAUCACUAAUGGGAACAUAAUUCUUUAGAAGACAAGUUUGCCCGGAUACAGCUAGCUGCUUCUUAGACCCGACCUAAAGUCAACACUUUGUUCUUGUAAAGUUUUCAUAAUGGAUCCAGGAGUUUGUGGGUCUUUUAAAGAUUUAAAAUUCAUUGUAGCUUCAGUUUCACUGGUACAUUCCAACCAUUGGUAAAUAUUGUACAGCUUCUGAUUCUUGCCGUACUCAUUUAUUAUGAAUAGCUGCAACAAACCCAGUGGGUGAACACUUCCUGGUAGUGAUGGCCAAAUAAAGCCUCAUGAAGCUUUGUGAACCAUUUUCUUUAUUUUCUGAGCCCACUAGAUGACGCUCUUGGUUUAAAGAAAAAGGAUCAAGGAAUGGCAUUUCAGUGUGCUUUCAACACUUUGCUCAACAGAGAACCAUCUAGUGGGCUCAGGGAAAAAAAUAAAAUGCUUCAUGAAGCUUUAUGAGGCUUAAUUUGGCCAUCACUACUUCAUGGGCUAAAACAUCAUGUAUCUCAGCUGUGAUUGGUUAUUGGCUGCUGUAUUGUAUAGAGUUGCAUAUACAGUUUUCACUUCUCUUUUUACAUAUUUUGAAUGAAGUCAGCCUCUGAACUAGUACUUACAAACCUGGUUUUGUCAUUCAAACAUGUUGAAAAGUUAAUACAGUGCAAGAUAUUUAAAAAAAAGCCAGUAUUAUACAAAGUUAUCCAUGUUUCUAUGAAAAAGGCGAGGUAGCAUGUAAACACAGAUUUUAUUAGAAAGGUAAAUAAGAGAGGAUGGUCUGCUGAGAGUUAUUUUAGUAGUAUAGACAAUAAAAAACAAACUUGUACAUAGCAUUAUCAUAAAAGUUUUAGUGAUAUAACCUGCUGAAUGUAGUAUUAAUAGCUAGCAUUUAUAAGUGAAGCUGUUAUAAAGGAGGUUUACUAAAUAAACAGGCAUCACAUAGUGAAUACACAGGUCUGUUCAUUUUCUCUACACAUUCAAUAAAACCUGCCAAACAGUUUCUUUUAUGGUUUUCACAUCAUUCAAAAUCAAUCCAAUGAACCACUGUUAAAAGUGAUAAUUCUGUAUUGAAACUGCAAAUUAACAGUGUCUUAAUGUUUUCAACUGCUUCUCUGUAUGAUUAAACUUCAUGCAACAAUGAAACAGCUUUAUGCGACAUUUCCACUAAUACUGUGUGUUUAUUGUGAGUAUAUUUUAACUUUUAUAUGACCUCUAUUUGUUCCGUUAUUUUAUCAUUGUGCAGUGGCCAUUUUGGAGAUUGAUGUCAAAGAAAUGCAAAUUUAUAUUAUUUGUUGAUUUUAAACAAAUCUCAUGUGAAUACUAAAAUGAACACUUGUAGAUUUUUGUAUAGGCAGCAAAGUAUUUCAUAAAUGCAUCACAUUAUAUCACAGUUGUUUUUCUUCUGUAUAUAAAUAUACAACAGGUGGCAUUUUACAUAACACUUCAGUGUGCUUUAGUAGAUACAAUAUUGUAUUGUAAUAUCUCCUGUGUAGCUUAGUACAGCAAUUGGAUUAAUCUGCUCUAUUGCAGUUGUGAUGUAAAGAGCAGAGGGCUCUACUUUUUGUGAUUUAAACAUGAGAUCCAUUAUCUGAAACUGGAUUGUGAUUGGUUGAUUAAAAGAUUACUGUAUAAUUUUUUUUUUUAAUAGUAAAAUGACAAACUAAUUAAGUGUAAUUGAAAAUAAAGUGAAUAAGGCAACAUAACUUUUGAGAUGUAAACCAACCAUCUACUAUCUGCAUGAUAUUAUUGUCUAUACCGUCUGUGGCUAUUAUAAACUUUUUUCACU